AAUAAUUACCGAAGACUAAAUCAUGGAUGUAAUUUGAAUUUGCUACUGCAAUAAUUGAGUUCGUUAAACGCAUUUGUAACAUCCUAUGACAAGUAAACGGUUGGAACGUUCUGAGACCCGUACCGCUUGGAAGCGCAGAUCAAACCCCCGCAAGCAAGUGGAAGACACUCACCGACAAGAGGCUCGUGAGCGCCUAGGGAACCACAGCUUGUGCAGAUUUAUCGCCAUAUUGGAUUCUUCCCCGGAGCAUUGUUCCUAUUGAUGGAAUUGCACACAUACAUGUGUCUGCGAUUAGAUUCGUUAUUCAUGCUUUCUAACGACUGACAAAGUAAUUUAACCGACGGUCUUUUGUUUACAUUCUGAAUUUUUCGCCGUUUAAAAAAUAUUUUACUUCAUUUUGCGGUAUAAUCAAUAAAAGAUUGGUGGAGAGAGGAGUUUGUCGUGUAGUGGAAUUGGCUAGGGUGGGGAAAGUUGAAGGAAUUAAAAGGUGUAGUGUCAAGCAUGCAAGCAUCGUAGGCAGGUGGUGGUUACCAACUGUCACAAAGGUUUGUUUUCCGCAGUGGCGGUGUUCCGUAGGUGAAUAUUCAGUCGAAACCGCAUUGUGUAGAGGUACAUUAAAUUUGGCAUUUUUGUUGAUAUGAUAUAUUAUCAUCCGCGGAGUGUUCGGUGUCAAUCGUGUUUUAUUGGGUAAUUUUCAAAUGAUGACCUACGACUUUUAAACAGUAUAACGCAAUUGCCCUUUGCUGAUGAAAAAGACGUAGUGAUAAUUGAAUCAGUAUAAAUUAAGGGCCCCGCUUAAAAAUGUUUUCAAAGAAAAAAAAGAAACCCCAAAUUUCUAUGCCAAGCAAUUUUGAACAUCGCGUCCACACGGGUUUUGAUAAACGCGAGGGUCGUUAUGUAGGGCUUCCCCUGCAAUGGGCUUCGAUCGUAGGAAACAACCAAAUACUAAAGUCUUCAAAUCGUCCACUGCCACUAGUGGACCCGUCCGAAAUAACACCAACAGAAAUCUUGGAUUUAAAAACAAUUGUGCGUCCACACCAAAAUAACAACAAAACAGAUGAUUCAGGUUUAUGCUCAACCCAAUUAAACACAAUAGCCGGUAGCAAUGGCAUUAUACUACCCAAAAUAUCAAAUGUUGCUCGUUCAAAUUCUCUACGAAGUUCUUCGCCGCCGCGGGCGCGUCGAGAUUUGAAAGGAAAUGCAAACGUUCCGCCGGCUGUGCCGGAAGAGCCAGUACAAUAUUCAGGCAUGAAACGUGACGGCAUACUAGCGACAAAAACACCACCGCAGCAACAUAUGCAACUUAACGAUUGGAAUUUGCGAAAUCUGCAACAAAACAUCGUCCCUCCACCCAGUCAGUUUUAUACUGAGGGAACAACUUAUACCAGUAAGAAUAUGAAUGGAAAUGGGUUGUUAUCGAUCCACACAGAAAUGAAUUCAGCACAAUCCAGGCAACCACAAACCUCUCCUGCAGGUUCCAUUGCGAGUUCUGUUCGACAGCCCCAAUUUACUCCUUCCAGUCAAUCGCAGCAGCAUUCAAACAUAUCUGCUUCGCAUUCCCCCCACCCCUCGAACUAUAUAAAUCAAGGUAGGGGAUCUCAUCCGAAGCAAAAUCUUAAUUCACCACCAUCGCAUCGUCCUCUACCCUCAAUCAACCACGACCAGAAUCAUAAUGCCCAGUUGCAAUCCUAUCAAUCACUUUCACAACAUCACUCUCAUCUCCCUCCUCAGUCCUCAGCUCUUACUGGCAAUAGUUUGAAGGCAAAUUCGAGAGCGUCCACCUCAAGUGGAGGUAAUAAUUCGGUCAUUCAGAUAAAUGCGGCGAAUCCGUCAGUUCCACCGAAACAGGAUCAACGACUAACCCAUGAACAGUUUCGGGCAGCUCUGCAAAUGGUCGUUUCAGCAGGCGACCCCAGGGAAAAUUUAGAAAACUUUAUGAAGAUUGGCGAAGGAUCAACGGGAACCGUUUGUAUAGCAACAGACAGAUCAACAGGUCGACAAGUCGCCGUAAAGAAAAUGGAUCUUCGAAAGCAGCAAAGACGAGAACUUUUAUUCAACGAAGUAGUCAUCAUGCGUGAUUAUCAUCAUCCGAACAUUGUGGAAACAUAUUCCAGCUUUCUGGUUAAUGAUGAGCUUUGGGUAGUAAUGGAAUAUUUAGAAGGAGGUGCGCUUACAGAUAUUGUUACACAUUCUCGAAUGGAUGAGGAGCAAAUUGCAACAGUGUGUAAGCAAUGUUUGAAGGCGUUGGCAUACCUUCAUUCUCAGGGCGUGAUUCAUCGAGAUAUUAAAUCUGAUUCAAUUCUUCUGGCAGCUGAUGGGCGUGUUAAACUAUCAGAUUUUGGCUUUUGCGCUCAAGUAUCGCAAGAGCUUCCAAAGCGUAAAUCACUGGUUGGCACUCCAUACUGGAUGUCGCCAGAAGUGAUAUCGCGCCUUCCCUACGGCCCAGAAGUUGAUAUUUGGUCGUUGGGCAUAAUGGUUAUCGAAAUGGUUGACGGCGAACCACCUUUCUUCAAUGAACCACCGUUGCAAGCGAUGCGUCGCAUUCGUGACAUGCAACCACCGAACUUGAAAAAUGCUCAUAAAGUUUCACCUCGAUUGCAAGCUUUUCUUGAUCGAAUGUUAGUUCGCGAUCCUGCAGAACGAGCAACAGCAACCGAGCUUCUUGAUCAUCCAUUUCUACGACAGGCUGGGCCGCCAUCUCUGCUCGUGCCUCUAAUGCGCGGAACAAGGCAUACCUGAGCGGGGUAAUAUAGGACUAACUUAGAUGUUUUAGUUCUAUUUUGAGUUAAGUGAGUUUGUUUCCCUUUUACCAAUGAUGUAUAAUAUUUUAUUGCAUGUAUAAUUUAAGUAGUUUGAAAAUAGGAAUGAAAGACCAAUUAGAUAUACCCGCCGUCCAAAGUUGCGUUCUAAGUUACGCGUUUACUACCAGCACCUUGAGAACUUCAUCCCCAUGGCAUGUUUUAGUGAAAUAUUUUUAAUAAAUGCAAUUUUUUAUUCGCUUGAGAAACACGAUAAAAAUCUAAAAGAUGAGUUCUGAGAUGUUACUUUUAUUUUACUUUCCUUUCGGGUUGUAUCAAUCAUUAGUUUUUUAUAAUCAUUUGUAAAAAUAGAUAAACAAUUAAGGUUAAAAAAAAUAUUUAGAGAUUGACCGUGCCUAUUUUUUAUAGUUGAUAUCGUUUUAAAUGAAUUUAAAAUUUAGAAUGAUCUAUUUAUGUUUUUGCAAUUCAAUUUCUUUUCUAACUCGUUGAUUUUCAAAUGAAGUAAAUCUCUUCCUCUUUUUACAUGUUGAAAUUAUUGUCACCUGGAGGAGGCAGUAAGAAGGUAACUUUUAGAAAGUAAAAGUUCAUAUACUGAGCAUUGGAAUAAACUUCUCUGCUUUUAUUUGAGAUAAUGUAAGUGUUAUCCCACGUAGCUAUAAUUUCUAAAAUUCUUGAUUAGAGAGAAGCAAAAUUGGUGAAUUGUACUUCGUUGUUGUACAAAUAACAAGAUGGGAUGAGGAAUUAGAAGAAAAAUAGGGGGGAUAUCCAUGUCAAAUAUUAUAGAAAUAUGAACUCAAGCGUAGUAUGUAUCUCUUCUUCCUUUCUCUCUGUCGUUUAUUAUUUUUGUGUUGUUACAGGGAGGUGACACAUACUUGCGUAAUGCGCCCUUUGGGUGGCAAUAUUAAUGAUGCAAAUUAUUGUUCCAAUGAAGGUAGUAUUAUGCGAUGAUUGGUAAUUGGAGAUAAAUAUAUAUUAAAAAAGAAAAACAGGACAGAAAAAUAACAUGAAUGUACGGUCAGUAGUCAUUCAUUAUUGUUAAUACAAGAAAGCCCCAAUCAAAUACGAGGAAAGAAAACGUUAGUAUAAUCAUAGAUAUAAUAUUUAAUAAUUACCAAAAUUACGAUUCUACUAUCAAAUUGCUUUUAAUAUUAGAUUAUCGGGCAUUUGACGCAAGCAAUAAAACGUCAUGUGUGGAAACACUGCUUUCAUUGGGCA